AAAAGUAACAAUCAAACGAACAACAAUUUAUUGUAACAAUUAUAAUUUCCAGAUCAAGAAAAAGUUAAAUUGAAUUAAUUGUUUGAAAUAACAAAAUGUCCAAUCAACUUCUAUCAACCUUUACAACCAUUUUCGUAUUGGUAACAAUCAACUCUUUCCUCGUCGAUGAAUCUUCAGCAGCGACAACUUUUGCCUACAAUGUGACCGUUAAAACGGCCUCGACCAAAUUUGACGAGCAAAAAGGUAACCUUAAAUUGUCAAUUCUUUACAAAGAUGGAAACAAAAAUCCACAAGAAGAAUUCAAAUUAACUCAAGAUGACGUGACAAUCUCAAUGUCUCGAGCUUACAAUUCAGUAAUUUCCUCAUUCGCCCCAUUGGGUAACAUCACCUCGAUUUACCUUCGUUGGACUUUGGCUGCUCCUUAUAAUCCGAUUUAUCUAAUUUCCAAGCCAGCAAUUUACUUCGAUCCAAUUGUUUUAUCCAAUACCUUUACUGAUGCAAGUACACAUUUGACCAUAAAUCAAGUUCGUAAAUUCUGUGCACCAACAUCACCAGUGGCAAUUAAACACUCGGAUGGAGCAUCUUUUUACCCUUGUGCUUAAAUUAACUGACAAUUUUAAAUUGUUAAAAUUAAAUCACCUUAAUCAAUAUCAAUUAUAAUCAAUGGUUUCAUUUUGUUUUGUAAUAAUUGAUCAAUUUAAUUGAUUAAUCAAUUGAUAAAUAAACAAUGAAACUUUUGCAACCUCAAAAUUAA